AUAUAUAUAUAGCGAGAGAGAGAGAGAGAGAGAGAGAGAGAGAAGAUCUAGGGUUUGAGCAAGAGCAAGGAUGUUUCCAUCAAUGUUCGCGAGGAAACCAGACAAAGAGGUGGCUCUGAAGCAGCUGAGGACACACGUUGCCAUGUUCGGAGCUUGGGUCGCCGUGGUUCGGAUCACCCCUUACAUCCUAUACUACUUCUCUGACCACAAAGAAGAACUCAAGCUCGACUUCUAAUCCUCUAUCAGUUGGCUUGGUUGCCGGGUAGUGAAGGAAUGCUGGGACUGGGAGAUGAUCAUUAGCUUAAUAUAUCUUCCUCUCUCUUUUUUUUUCUUUCUUUUUUUCUUUUUUUCGUUUUCUUUUAAAUCUUACUCUAAAUCUCAUGCCAGUGAAAGAUUGAAUUCUGUUUCAUCUUAAGCUUGCCUUUUCCAAAUCAUUUUUAUUUUCAUGUUUGGUACGGGACACAAUGUACUCAUUUUUUAUUAUGUUUGGUACAAAGACUGAACAUGUGGUUAAUCAGUAGUCCUACUUUCAAAGCAUGACAUUCAAAUUCAGGCUCUGUAUGCCUCAGAACAUUGUAAGGUGCUUAUCAUUAUUGACAUUUAUGAAGCUAGAAACCCACAA